AUGACUACCGUCGAGCCUGAGAAGACCGCAAAUAUCCUCACAGGUCUCUUCCAAGAUUUCCAUUCUCUUUGGUGGGUUUGCUAUCGGAGUAUGCUCGAAGCAGCUUACACCGCCUUCAUUCCCGAUAACAUCAAAGGAGGUUUGCCAAAUUAUUAUGAGUUGGCAAACGCUCAGUUCCACAUCUGCGGUACUCUGCCACGGGUUCUGCCCGACGCUGUGAACCCGACCGCGAUUGGCUCCAUUACCUUCCGCGUGCAAAAUGGUCGGGCCGCUCCAGAUCGUAGGACCUUCGAAGAGCUCCAUUUCCCUUUUGCCCAGGGGAACGAGUCCUUUAAGUAUCAGCGCACGGCCUGA